AUGGCGUUUAGUGAUUUUGCUGCCAUAUGCUCGAAGACUCCGUUGCCUUUAUGUUCGGUGAUAAAGUCCAAAACUCAUCUGAUACUUUCGAACUCAACAGUCAUACAUAAUUUUGAUCCAUCGAAUUUAAAUGUUGGUGUACUGCCACGUUGUUAUGCUCGAUCGAUUGAUCUCGCCAACACAGUCAUCUUUGAUGUUGGGAACGCGUUCAUCAAUAUUGGUGCGCUAGGCGUCAUUUUAAUCAUUCUUUACAACAUAAGACAGAAGUAUACUGCUAUUGGCAGGUCCGAGUAUCUCUACUUUUUCCAAUUAACUUUGCUAUUGAUAAUAUUUACUUUGGUAGUGGACUGCGGCGUAUCUCCUCCUGGUUCUGGGUCAUAUCCAUACUUCGUGGCGAUACAAAUAGGGCUGGCGGGUGCAUGUUGCUGGGCUCUAUUGAUAAUCGGGUUUUUAGGUUUCAAUAUCUGGGAAGAUGGGACUACAAAGUCCAUGUUGUUGGUUCGUGGAAUGUCCAUGUUAGGAUUCAUAGCUAAUUUUUUAGCGUCUAUUUUAACUUUCAAAGCAUGGAUCACGGACCAUAAGGUAGCGACAAUGAACGCUUCAGGGAUGAUUGUCGUUGUUUACAUAAUAAACGCCAUUUUCUUGUUGGUUUUCGUUAUUUGCCAAUUAUUGGUUUCACUGAUAGUAGUUCGAAACUUGUGGGCCACAGGAGCCAUCUUUUUGGGGUUAUUUUUCUUUGUAGCGGGACAGGUACUGGUUUACGCCUUCUCUACACAGAUUUGUGAGGGGUUCAAGCAUUACUUGGAUGGGUUAUUUUUUGGGAGCAUCUGUAACGUGUUCACAUUGAUGAUGGUUUACAAGAUUUGGGAUAUGACUACUGAUGAUGACUUGGAAUUUGGUGUAAGCGUUAGCAAGGAUGGUGACGUGGUGUAUGAUAAUGGGUUUCUGUGA